UACAUGAGAUGACUACUGUGGCUUUACUGGUGCAACAGGCAGUGAGCAGAAGGGACUCCUGCUUGCAUGAAGCGACUCUGCCUGCAUGGCUGCAGCUGAGGUUAAAGAAGGUUGACAGCUGUCCACUGUGGUGAAGAUAAUGUAGGGUGUCCUAAAACCAUCUAGCUGCCUGCUAGUGCUAUGUCUGGUAAGUGGAUGUGUUUUCACAAAGGCUUCCACGUAGAAGAUUUUAAAAACUAAAAUAAAAAGUAACUCCCAAGUUUGAAAUCAUGCUGCCAGGGAGAGUGUUUGCAAGGAAGCAGCCUGAUAAACAAGGAAAUUUGACAAGUUGCAAAGAGGUGAAAUUCUACAGUGUGGCAACAGUUCCCAGUCUGUGAGAGCCUCACUGUGGUCCCAACCACCUUGGUAUGACUACAGGAUUGUCGUUAUUACAGCCUCAGGAAACUGGGCAGGACUGGAAAAGUAACAGUGAUGUGAAGUUUGUCUGAGUCACUGACUGCAUCCCCCGUGGUUCUCUCAGGGCAGCAGCUCUUGGAAGAAGGCAGAGUAGGAUGCAGUGAGUGAGAGCUGCUCUUUCUGCUCACCACUAACUUCAGAUCUCCUCCCCUAGCCUCUCCCAGUCUUUUGUACUUUCCUUGCUACUCCAUCCACUGCAGCAUAAACUGGCAGAAGCAGCAGCAGAAGCCCUGCUCCAAAAGCGACUCAAAAAGCCUCGAAACCAGCAGCAGCCAUGAACAUGAAAACCGUGGUUGUGCUGCUCCUCCUGGCCCUGGCCACAAUCUUUGCCCUCGUCUGCGUGCUGCUGACCCGGGCACGGGCCCCCAGCUCCUGCCAGCAGCAGCCCUUGGCACAGGAGGAAGCGGACGACGGCCACAGCCGGGUCUUUGCCGACCUGACAGCCGAGGAGCUGGCCCAGGUGGUGCAGUACCUGCGGGUCAGCCUCGGGGUGCCGCUGGCUGAUGCAGCGCGUGCCAAACCUUCUGACAACUGCAUUGCCUCCGUGGACGUGCAGCUUCCGGCCAAGGCAGAAGUGCUGCGGUUCCUGGAUGCCGGAGGGGCUCCCCCGCCCCGCGAGGCGCUGGCUGUGCUGUACUUUGGGGCCCAGGCAGAGCCCAACGUCACCGAGUACGUGGUGGGCCCACUGCCGGCACCGAAAUACCACCGGGACGUCACGGUGCAGAAGUACGGGGGGAAGGUGCCGUACCACCGCAGACCAGCAUUGCCUGCUGAAUACAAACAGGUUGCUGAUUUUUUUAAAAAACAGGUGUUCCCUGCAGCUCCAUCCUUCAUGGACCAAGUGAUGGAGUAUGAUGGGGCCAACCUGGCUGCUGUGACAGCUGCUCCCCGUGGAUCCCGGUCUGGAGAUCGGCUCACCUGGUUUGUCAUGUUUCAGAAUGUGAGUGGGUUCUUCCUGCACCCAAUGGGGCUGGAGGUGCUGGUGGACCACAGCAGCCUGGAUCUCACACAGUGGGCAGUCCACAGAGUCUUCUACAACGGCCAAUACUACAGGGACAUGUCUGAGCUGGAGAGAAUCUAUGUGCAGGGUGGUGUCCAUGUGGAGAAGGUGAAAAGAGCACCGUGGGAUGGGGACUUCUCGUCUAUGAGGCCCCGAGCACCGGUGACCGCGACGUUCCCCUUGCAGUAUGAGCCCCAGGGGCCGCGGUACAGCAUCAGGAACAACCUCAUCAUCUUCCAGGCCUGGAGCUUUGCCUUUGGAAUGAGUGUGAUGACGGGCAUGCGCCUGUUUGACAUCCGGUACAAUGGGGAGAGGGUUGUGUACGAGAUGAGUGUGCAGGAGGCAAUGUCAGUGUAUGGCUCCAACUGCCCUGGCGGGAUGUCCACCCGCUACAUGGACAGCAGCUUUGGCAUUGGGCGCUACUCCUCACCCCUGGUGCGUGGGGUCGACUGCCCAUACACGGCCACCUAUGUGGACACACACACCCUGCAUGAGGGCUUGAGCUACAGCAGGAGGACGGCGGCCCUCUGCAUUUUCGAGCAGAACCUGGGCUCCCCUCUGCGGCGCCAUUACUCCAACCUACAAUCGUCAUACUAUGGUGGGAUGGUCAACUCCGCGCUGGUCCUUAGAUCCAUCACCACUGUGGGUAACUACGACUAUGUCUGGGACUUCAUCUUCUACCAGAACGGGGCUAUCGAAGGCAAAGUCCAGGCCACAGGGUACACGAGCUCAUCCUUUUUCCAUGGGAAUGGUCUGCAGUAUGGCAAUAGAGUUUGGGAGCAUACCUUGGGUACAAUUCACACCCAUUUUGUCAACUAUAAAGUGGACUUGGAUGUGGGAGAGGUGAAGAACUCUUUGGUGGCCCAUGACAUGGCAUUUGAGGUGGCACAGGCUCCCUGGAACCCAGAGCAGCAGAUUGAGCGUCCACGGCUCACUGAGAAGGCCCUGGACACAGAGAACCAGGCUGCCUUCCGGCUCCACUCCACGAUGCCCAGAUACAUCUACUUUGCAACCAACAAAAAAAACAAGUGGGGCCACCGACGUGGCUACAGGAUUCAAAUCAUCAGCUUUGCAGGGGAUCACAUUCCUGAAGCCAGCUCCAUGGAAAGGGCCAUCAGCUGGGCAAGGUACAAGCUGGCUGUCACCAGGCGGAAGGAGGAAGAACCCACCAGCACCAGUGUCUACAACCAGAACGACCCUUGGACCCCCACUGUCGCUUUUGCUGACUACAUCAAUAAUGAAACUAUCACCAAUGAGGAUCUUGUGGCCUGGAUAACUGCUGGUUUCCUCCAUAUCCCUCACUCAGAAGAUAUUCCCAACACCUUGACGGUGGGAAAUUCAGUUGGUUUUCUCCUGAGACCCUACAACUACUACGACUUGGACCCCUCCAUUUACUCACCCGAUGGCGUGUUUUUCACCAGCGAGCAGAACUUCAUGGCAUGUGAGGUUAACCCCAUCACCUGCCUGUCCCAAACUGCCUCCUGCUUGCCAAGCUUCCCCCCAUUCACCUAUGACGGAUUCCAAAAUAUCAGCAGGCUUUAAAGGUCCAG